GGCGAGACCCUGCGCCAAGCGGGAGCUGAGCGGAGCCGGAGGAGAUGGCGUCUCAGCCGCCGCCUCCCCCGAAACCCUGGGAGACCCGCCGAAUUCCUGGGGCUGGCCCCGGGGCAGGACCCGGCCCUUCUUUCCAAGCUGCUGAUUUGGGUCCUACUUUAUUGACAAGACCUGGACAACCCACACUUACCAGAGUGCCCCCACCUAUUCUUCCAAGACCAUCACAACAGACAGGAAGUAGCAGUGUGAACACUUUCAGACCUGCUUACAGUACAUUUUCUUCUGGAUAUGGUGCCUAUGGAAAUUCAUUUUAUGGAAGUUAUAGCCCUUAUAGUUACGGAUAUAAUGGUUUAGGUUACAACCGCCUCCGUGUAGAUGAUCUUCCACCUAGUAGAUUUGUUCAGCAAGCUGAAGAAAGCAGCAGAGGUGCAUUUCAGUCCAUUGAAAGUAUCGUACAUGCAUUUGCCUCUGUUAGUAUGAUGAUGGAUGCUACCUUUUCAGCUGUCUAUAACAGCUUCAGGGCUGUGUUAGAUGUAGCAAAUCACUUUUCCCGAUUAAAAAUACACUUCACCAAGGUUUUUUCAGCUUUUGCAUUAGUUAGGACUAUAAGGUAUCUUUAUAGACGAUUACAGUGGAUGAUAGGUUUAAGAAGAGGCUCUGAGAAUGAAGACCUAUGGGCAGAAAGUGAAGGAACUGUGGCUUGCUUGGGUGCUGAGGACAGAGCAGCUAAUUCAGCAAAAUCUUGGCCAAUAUUCUUGUUCUUUGCUGUUAUCCUUGGUGGUCCUUACCUCAUCUGGAAACUGCUGUCUACCCACAGUGAUGAAAUAACAGAUAAUACCAACUGGGCAAAUGGCGAGGAUGAUCAUGUAGUUGCCAGAGCAGAAUAUGAUUUUGCUGCAGUAUCUGAAGAAGAAAUAUCUUUCCGUGCUGGCGAUAUGUUAAACUUAGCUCUCAAAGAGCAGCAACCCAAAGUGCGUGGUUGGCUUCUGGCUAGUCUUGAUGGUCAAACAACAGGACUUAUCCCUGCUAAUUAUGUCAAAAUUCUUGGUAAAAGAAGAGGUAGAAAAACAAUGGAAUCCAGUAAAGUUUCCAAGCAGCAACAAUCUUUUACCAACACAACACUAAAUAAAGGAGCCACAGAUACUGAUUCUUUGGAUGAACAGGAAGCUGCCUUUGAAUCUGUUUUUGUUGAAAUUAAUAAGGUUCCAGUUGCAUCUGAUUCCACUGGGAAAAGUGGAGAUAAGCAAGAUCUCUGAUAUCUUUUAUGUUUGCCUGCAGUUGAACAAUUCUUUGGAGUACUUUUUAUAAUUACCUGUUACAAAGAAAUUAAUCUACACCCAAUGAAAAGAUUUGUUAUUGGCUAUUCCAGGUGUUCUGCUUCUAGAAAUUAUUAAAGUCAUAUACUAGUAUGUUGGUCUAGUGACCUGGUUACAUUUUAUGAGUUAUUGGACCAUGAAGAUGUUUGUAUCACCUUGAUUUUAAGAUUAUGAAGACUGCUGUCAUUUUCAUCUAUUUAAAACCCUGUGUUUAUUGAAAGAUUAAGAUGGAUGAAGUAUAGAAUAUACAGUUUGCUACAAUAGGGAUCUUUUUUCUUUUUUAAUUCUAAUCCUCAGAAAAUUGUAAUCCUCAGAAAAUGAGUGAUAACAAAAUAUGAGAACAGACAAAAAGGCCUGUUUCACAACUUAAAGUUUUCUCAUCUGUGUUAUGUUUGGGUUUGCUUUAGCCAGUAAUAUACUUUUACCUACCAACAAUUAAUACUAUUCCCUUUUAUUGUAUUUUUUAAAAUGUAUCCCAAAAAAUGUCACUGAAAACAUUGUAAAUGAGAUGGUUCUAGACUAAUGGUUAUCCCUGUUUUCUUUGCUACUAAAAAGACUAAAAUUUAUCUUUGUUACAGAUUAUCUCCAUUCCUCCUGAAGGCCAUAUAACUUCUUAUAUGCAGUAUAACUAGUUUUCAUUUUGAAUAAAUUAAAAUAUAUCAAAGAUUUGCUUCCUUUUGCUCCAACCAAAACACAAGCCCUUUGUGUUUGUAUUUAAUGAUUUAAUUAGUUCUAGCAGUAAUAAUGUUCAGUCUUCUCAUAUAUCCUCUGCUCUACCUAUCAUAAUUACUUUUUAAAUUACAUAUUCAGGUUAUUCUUUAAAUAUUGAAAAUGUGUC